CUAACCCUGUUCUGUAUUUUUAAUUGAACAAAAUAAACCCCCAUCCAGACCCUUAACAGAGUAGUUCAUUAUAUAAUUUCUAGAGUUUAAUAAUUGCAAGCUAAUUACUGAGAAGAUGGCACUACAGUAAACACAUUCAUUUUCUCAUCCGCAUUGAAUGCUGGGUUGAACCAUUAAACCCCGGGUUAGUAAUUAGUUGGACAUCACAUUACUAAUACAUGCUUGAGUUUUUAUUUUUAACAGAACCGAAUUUAUGGUUUUUUACGUCUGACAGAAAUGGUGCUUAAAAGUUUGGAUAGCUCCGAUUCCAGCAAGUCUGAGAAAUAAAAAGUAGAGGCCAAUGGGGAGAUCGAGACGGUCCUACAGCAAAGCGGAGCGAGCCAGGAGGCUGAAAUGGAGAGGGUUUCGUUUCCCGUUCGUGGAAGUACUGUAUGGGUGGAAGCACCUCCCGUUAAGGAUGGUGUUGACUUAUGAGCAAGCAGCAUUAGCAGGUUUUUGCAGCUGUGUAAAGAGCAUCAAAGCCAAGAGGAAGCUUCAAGAGAUGCUGAAUAUUGAAACUGAUCGCAUCGAGUGUAGUAGGGAUCGCUGUGAGAUGAAAAGGCCGAUUUCUCCCAUACAGGAGCCUGAUAAAAUUGAUGAGACUGAAUCAGACAUAGAAGACAGAGAUGACAUUAAAAUAGUGGACAAGUGCUGCUUCAUUCAGAAAAUGAAACCACAAAAGAAAAAUAGAUCUGCUAUAAGAGAAGACAUUACAGAGCAGGUGUCCGUGGCGAACAAAAUAAACCAAAAUAAACGUACUAAAACUAAGAAAUCCACAGACAGUUUAUCAAGCGCAGCAGCGAGGACUCUUGUUGAUGUUGCACCUGUCGUCACUGACUUGUCAGAGGAUAGUGGCAUUGGUGACAAAGAGGCUGGAAUAGAGCUUGUUGAUGAUCCUGACCUCAAUGAAACGGUCUGCAGUGAUGGAGCGCUGGAAGGUUCGCUUCACCCUGCUGACAGCGAGAUGAGCAUGGAGAAGUCUGAAACCUGGAAAACAAAAAGUGGUCCGAAAAAGAAAAAGAAACGGGCAAGAAAUAUUAGCCAAGAUGGCCCUGAUGUAGAUGUAGGAGUUGGAAACUUGAUAGGCUCUCCCAGCUCUCUCAAUCGCUCUACAGUUCCUGAAGAUAUGGGAGAUGCCACAGUGGGAUAUCAAACUCAAAAAGCAGCCAGAACACCUAGUGAAAAGAAAAAUGGAAAGAAGAGAAUGAUAGUGGAUCAGAACAAGACAGAUACCAAUAGCCUGUCCCUGAUGAACAAAAUUAAGAACGCUAAACAUGACAAAAAAAAGAAGAAACGCAAAGACAGUUUAACAAGCACAGCAGAGGGGACUCCUGUCGACGGUCCAGCGGUUUUCAUUGGCUUCCAGGCCCCUGUGGAAAAUGCACUGGAGAAUAUCACUGGUGAUGGAGAAGCUGGGGUAGAGCUUGGGGACAACCCUGUUGCACCUACAGACUUGGAAACCGGUGAGCCAAUCUGCAGUGAUCUUCAGCCAACAGACAGCGAAUCAAAGAACCUCAAGAGCAUGAACGAAGACGUGUCUGAAAUGUUUAAUACGAAAGACCGCAUGAGGAUAAAGAAGAAAAUGGAGAAACGGGCUAGAAAGAGCAGACAAGAUCGCACAUACGAUGAUGAAGUUGGGAACUUGGUAGAACGCUCCAGCUCUCCAAAUCUGGCUGCGGUUCCUGAAGGUAUGGGAGGUGUCAGUGUCACGGUGGAAUAUGAAACGAAUGAGGGGCCUCAGCUCAACAAAGAACCCUGCAGUGACAUCAUCCUGGAAGGUUCUCAUGUAGUAGAUGAUCAGAUGGAGAACCCAAAUAGCAAGAGCGCAGGGGCAUCUCAUAUCUGUAAAACAAAAAAUGGUCAAAAAAAGAAGAAGAAGAAUCAGGGAAGGAAGGUUAGCCAAGUUGGCACUGAUGCAGGAGUUGGGAGCUUGGUAGAUCUCUCCUCCAGCUCCCCAAACCUAUCUACAGGACCUGACAAUAGCAAGGAUGUCUGUGCUGCAAUGAAGCAUCAAGUAGAAGCAGCUGAAACACUUAGUGAGAAGCAAGAGAAAAAAUCGAGAAAGAAGAAAAAGAGAAAACGUAACACGGAGGAAGUGGAAGGAACAAAUUCAGCGUCGUCCCUUAACCUUUCUACAGAAGAGAUACGUGACGGCAUAACUGAUAAUUCAGAGAUGGGAAACCUCUGUGAAACUAGGCAUACGCAUUGUGAAAGUGAUGCAGAUCAAACUGGUGGUGGAUUAGAAAGAGACGAUUCUAACAUAAAGAUGGGAAGAGGGAAAGGGAACAGCUCAGAUGAUAAUUUGCCUCCAGUUAAAAGAAAGAAGAAGAAGAUUGAACAGCAGAGUGUAGCUGCUGGCAUGGAAAGCCAGGAAAUGGAUUUAGAGGCUCAGGAUGCUCCAAGGGAAUGCGAGAACCUGAGUAGAAAUAUUGUUACGGCAGAUGAGAGCACACUGUUGAAGCACUUGGAACCAGGAGAAUUCACACACACAAAGAAAAAAAGCCACAAAAAGAACAAGAGGAAAAGACAGAGGGUGGGGUAUGAUGUAGAAAUGCAGGGGCCACAUUUAUCUCCUCCGAACACUUGUGAUCUUCUAGUUGAUGGAGGAAAUGAGUACCCAACCAGUAAGAAAGAUAUUAAAGAUACAGAUGUUGCUGAAUUAAGAGAGCUGAGAACAAAGAAGAAAAAGUGUAAAAGAAAACUCGCAAGUGAAGAAAUGGAAGGUAUCCUGUCACCCACUUGCGAACUGUACGUUGAUGGGAGGUGGGAGACCAUAGGCAUGCCAAAUAUUUUAGCAGAGAGUGAUACUGCUGAACAAGGAGAAUCAAGAAUCGUGGAGAAAAAGAGCAAAAAGAAAAAACAGUGCAUAACAGAUGAAAUGGAAGCACAGGGGAUGCGUUCAUCUCUAACUGCAUGCAAAUCCUCCCUUGAUGGAAGUAUUUCACUGGAGGGCAUAUUGGUGAAUGGUGGUGGACUUGAAAAACCAACAAAGAAAAAAGACAAAAAGAAGAACCAGAAUGAUAGGCAGGAAAUGCAAGGACUUCGUCCUACAUCUGUUGGAGAAUCACUAGCUGGAGAAGUGACGACAGGUGAAAUCCAAAAACGUUUUGGGACAUCUGGGGAAAAUGAGAGUGUUAGACCGGAAGCCUUGGUGGAUUUAUCUAGUGAAUCAAACUCUGCAGGUGAUUUGCUGCAGGGAGUGAUUGAAACAGAAGCUACAGACAAAAGGGACAAGGCAGAGAAAGAUGUGGGUCUAAAGAAUGUGAAUUCUGAGAAAGAUGGGACCAAACAGGGCAAGAAAGAGAAGAGGGGGAAAAAUGGCAAGCAGGAAACCACGAGUUCUGUUUUAGCGUGGCAGCUUUCCGAGCAAACUUCUGAAAGAAAGGGAGAAAAAAUGCCCUCUAGUGGUAACAAAACAAAGUGCCAAAUAAACGUCUUCGAAUCAUUGGAGGAUAAUGGAAAGCCAGCUAAAAAGACCUUGUUGAGUAUGACCUCUAUAGAAAAGGGUAAAGGAAAAUCAGCCAAUGCAGACUCCAGAAAGUGCAAAAGAAAACUGUUUAAUAGUGCCUUAUAUGAAAUGUUUGACUCUACAAAGACAGACUGAUGUUCAAGUCAGGACUAGCAGUGGGAUGACGCUAGAGGACCCAUAUCAGGGUUUUUUUUUUUUUUUAAAUCUAGUACUGUUUGCAAAUCUUUUUUUUUUUACCCGGAUGGUUAUUGUUUUUUGCCUGUUCUGCGGGGGUACCAUAAACACUAGUUAUUUUAAAAAGAACUGGAGUUUGUGUUUCCCAAUAUGUAAAGCUACUGUUCAUUGUAUAGUAUAGUUAGUUGUUAUUUGGAAAACAGAUGCAUAGCGUGCAUGUUGGAGGUCAUUUAUUUUAAAUGUAUUUUUUUUUAUUUUAUUAGUUUGUAAUGCAAUGGUGGAAAUAAAUUGCAUGACUGAAAAUUGAAAUGAGACUUUAACAAUUUAAACAAAUUGUAUAUGUGUGUACAGAAAAACUUGUAAAUGUUCUUUAUAGUGUUUGGUGUUAUAGUUCUGGAUUAAAAUUUAUGUUUUCAGA